AUGAAUCUCCUGAGGGAGGUCGCCAACAUUUUGGACCCGCUACCCGUGACGCGCAGGGCGAUGCAACUUUGCGAACAUUCUCCGCCACCUCCACCGGUGCCGCCGCAUCACCAUCACCGUCACCGUCACCGUCAUCGUCAUCCGCCUCCACCGCCGCCCGGUCCUCCGCAUCGUCAUCAACCGCAACGUCCACCCUCGCCCGGAUGGUCGCAGCCUCCUCACCACACCGACCGGAACGAAGAUUGGGGACAUCAUCGUCGUACUCACGGAGGUCCACCGCCGAAUGCCGGACAACAAAUACACGUUCAUCUUGCGCCUGGACCCUAUUACGGACCUUAUUACGGACCUCCUUCGGAACCGGGUAACAGCUACGGUACACCGUCUGCACCGCCACCGAACUCUACCCCGGCCCACGUGAUUCGGUAG